UCGAAUGCAUACUAUUUUGCAUGCUUUCUGGCUGUUACUCUAUACUCAUGUCUGUUCUGCUGCUGUUUAUCCAUUCUCCCAGCAAUUACUAUCGUCUAAUGUUCAUACCCAACAAUUCCCAGCUAGAGCUCAACUCAUGGGCACUCCAAAGCCCGUGAGAACCUACGACUUCGUUGGCAAGCAUCGCAUUCGUCGUAUUACAAGGGAUGCUGUCGAGCUUUCAUUCAAUGCUUAUAAUCAAACCUUGACACUACAUCUUUUACCUAAUCAUCAAUUAGUUCAUCAAAAUGCAAUGGUGGAGAUUCAUGAUCUUGAAUCAAGCCAAACCCCUAUUUAUAUGCCUAUUCUAUCCAGCAAUGUGUUUGAUGGAAAAGUAAUCAAAACUCUCUUUGAUGGCAGUAGGGUUGAGAAUGGCUGGGCUAGAAUCACAUUCAAUACCCCAAACUUCGAUAAUGGAGAGGAAGUCCUGUUUGAUGGUGUCAUUCAAUCAGGUUCCAACAUGCUUCAUGUGAAGCAAAUCAAACAUUACAAAAUAUCACAACGACAGAUGGACAUCGAGGUUGCAUCUCCAUUUUCUCGCCAGCCAGAUAGUUGGGGUGCCAAUAUGAUGGUGUUUACAGAUGAGGCACAGGCUGUUGUUGAGGAGCGAUGGGGGCCAGUUUCCGUAUGUCAGGCAUCAGAUUCCGACCAUCCACUAAACCGACCCAACUUGAAUGACAGUUUUAUUGUUCCGCCCCUUACUGGUGCCUGUGAGCUGCCAGAUAACAGUGCCGUAUACAACAGAUACUUGGAUGACAUGAGAUUGAACGAUGAGAGACGCUUGUUCACUCGUGCUGCCGCUGGAUGUCCUCAGACCAUGCAGGUUCUUCCCAUGGGUGUAGCAGCAGAUUGCUCCUAUGUUCAGGCAUAUGGUAGCACUGGUGCUGCUCUAGCUCAGAUACUGUCUAAUUGGAACCAAGCGUCCAAAAUAUACGAGUCCACAUUCAAUGUCCAGCUUGCAGUCGUCAAGGUCAGUCUUCAGCAAUCAUGCACUCCAACGAAUCCACAGAUGAUAUGGAAUCAAGAUUGUACCAGUGGAUACACUAUCACUACUCGACUUUCCGAUUUUUCCAACUGGCGUGGCAAUAUCGAAGGCAAUGGUGAUGGUAUUGGAUUAUGGCAUCUGAUGACCAAGUGCAGCACUCAACCUGCUGUUGGUGUUGCUUGGCUGAACAUGCUGUGCUCUAACACUGCAACUAAACAAACGUCUGCAGGCGUUGACCAGUUUGUAUCUGGCACGGGAGUCUCGUCGAUUGUGCCUGUCGAAUGGAAAGUUGUGGCACAUGAGAUUGGACACAACUUUGGUGCUUUACAUGACUGCAUGUCCAGCACUUGUCCAUGUUCUGGACCAACGUCAUCUUGUCAAUGCACACCAUGUUCACCUCAGUGUGAUUGUCGAGGCCAAUUCAUCAUGCAUCCUCUUGAUAAUGCUGCCACCAGUGCUUUCUCUCCUGCUUCUAUUGAAAGCAUUUGCUCACAGUAUCCCACGAUUGGUAAAUGUCUAAAGGCUCCAGGCACGCUUAGUACUAUUUCCACUGGUAUCUGUGGAAAUAGUGUCAAAGAAGCCGACGAAGAAUGUGAUUGUGGUCUACCUGCCGACUGUGCUAAAGAUCCAUGCUGUGAUGGCACUGUGUGUAAACUCAAAGCACCAGCCAAAUGUGAUGAUUUAAAUGACAGCUGUUGCUCCAACUGUCAACUCAAGACUGCUGGCACGGUUUGUCAUCCCUCAUUAGGAUCUUGUGAUACAACAAUGACAUGCAAUGGGUUGAAUGCCACAUGUCCCACCAACUCUUCAAUUGCCGAUGGAACAUCCUGUAAUACAUCUUCUGGUGUUGGUGCACAAUGCGCUUCUGGUGUCUGUACAAAUCGCGAUCUGCAAUGCAAAGGCUCUGGAUCAGUUGUAACAGUAUCAGCAUGUCCCUCGUUCUCUAGUUCGUGUGCAUUGUUUUGUCAAAAUAGUGCUGGAAACUGCUUUCUUUUAAACGGAUAUUUCCUUGAUGGUACACCAUGUGGAUAUACAGGCAAAUGCUCAAACGGAGCGUGUGUGGGUGGAAAUCCGGCUGGAUUCAUCUUGGAAUGGAUCCAAUCCUAUCCACAGUAUGCUGUACCUCUUAUUGUCAUUGGAGCACUAUUGCUUAUUGCUGUCAUUUACAGUUGUUGUAGAUGCUGUUGUUCUAGACCUCGCAAGCCUGUACCUCAACCUGCUCGGCAGUCUCGAUCUGGCUCCCUUAGACCAUCAGCCACUACACUUUAUCCUCCUAUGGCUGCUCCACCACCACCAUUUCAACCCGCUAUAACCCAAGAUCUUCCACCCUAUAAUCCAUCAUAUUCAUCACAACCUCAGACAACCGCGCAACCAAACGGAUGGGUCAAUCCAGCUGCAUAUAAUGGGUUUGGUGAGGCUCAACAGCCAAAUACCCAUAGCUCAGGAAAUCGUCCUCCCACAAUGGUGGUUAAUAAUACGCAACAGUAGCCAGUAAACUGGUGAUUUAAUGUUUUAGGUGAAUAUUAAAAGUCGUAUACUUUUUUGUAUUUAUCUUGCAGUUGGAGCCUCUAUUUGCUCCGAAAUAAAUAGUCGUUACAUAUUCGUUAUUGG